CAGUGGUUAAAUCAAUAUCACGCUCGCCAUGAGCUUCUACAUCUUAUCUGACAACGAUAUCUAAACUUUUCAGUGCUACAUCGUCCUCUGCACCACUCGAUAAUAUCCAGCCAGGCCCAACGCGACACACAGGCUCAGAGCGACUCUUCAGUAUCAACCGCAUCUACACUUUCUACGUUACACUGAGGAUAAAUCCACGAAUACUUUUGAGAUCAAGUCCAUCACGCCACAUACUCCUGUGUAGAUGUGCUACCACGAGUACACAACCUUCGCCCUCUGCUCCUGCAAAGCCAUCCAUUCCCGCCCAUGCACCAAAUGCGACGACCCUCUCAUGAUCAUUUACUGCCCUGACUACAGAGUCCUGGAGACGCAAGACUACGGGACAUGUGAGAAACACCACAUAGGUACACCGGGAUGUACACUCCAAAGAUUAGAUGAGCAACCAUCGGAACACGACCAAUGCAUUCGCCGUACCCUGGAGGAUUGGUCAGAGUUACCCGACUCUGCUAUUCAAAAUAGUUUGUUACGAUCCCCUUCUGUAGCAGAGAAGACGAACUCGGACCGCACGUCGAUUUAUCAGACUGUUCCGGGGGCGGAGCAAGAUGUGAGGAGUGGGAAGAAUCGCGAUGAGGCUGUUAUUGUCAAGUACAAUCCAAAGACAAGGGAGUUUGAGAGGCCUAUGAAGCGGAGGAGGAAUGGUGAUGGUGCGCUGGGAGCCUGAGGUAAUAGUGUUUGUUGUAUUGUACAAUGUCGAAUUUCAAUAGCGAUGCAGCGGAUUCAGCGUCAUAUUACGAAG